CCUUCACUGUGACUCUGCAAAAACAGUGGGGCGGCGGCUGUGACGAUGACGAUGGCUGGGCAAGGAGGAAGCAGAGGGGCCUGGCUGGCCGUUGGACUGCUCCGGGCAGAGUGGAGGGCUCGGCUGAGCAGGACAGAGGAAGGCAAAGGCCGGCCGACAGCCACAGCCAUGGCUGAGGACGAGAACAGGAGCAUCCAUACACAGCACAUCUCGGCCGUGCACAACGUGCCCAUGCGUGUCCUCAUCCGGCCCAUCCCGGCAGAGCUGGAUUCGGGAAAGGUGCAGAGCCUGAUGGAGACCCUGCAGGAGGAUCCCGAGCGGGUGCCCCCCAUCGACGUGCUCUGGGUCAAAGGCAGUGAGGGCGGCGAUUACUUCUACUCCUUCGGGGGCUGCCACCGCUUUGCUGCCCACCAAGCACUCCACCGGGAAACCAUCCCCGCCAAGAUCAUCCCCUCCACCCUCAGCGACCUACGUACCUACCUCGGUUCCUCCACGCCUGACCUGCGCUAGCCCAGCACCCCGAGGAUGCCCAGCAGCCCCCUCUGCCCCUGUUGGUUCUGACCCGUGAGGCCCUGGUGAGGAUGUGGGUGGUGUCCCCAGCCCUGGGGAGUCCCCAGGGUCCCUCCAACAUGGUCCCCCAGACUUGGAGAGUCGCCGAGGUCACUCCAGCCGGGAUGGGUCAUGAUCCCCUAGACUCUGAGAGUCGCCGAGGUCACUCCAGCCGGGAUGGGUCAUGGUCCCCCAGACCUGGAGGGUCCCCGGGUCCCUCCAGCCUGGACGGGUCAGGCUCUCGCCGGUACCGGGAGCGCCCGGCGGGGCCGGCAGGUGGCGCUAUUGUGCCGCGCUGCGCCGCCCGCAGCGGCCGCGCGGAGCGGGACGGGACGGGAUGAACCGGGACGAACCGGGACGAACCGGGACGGGAUGAACCGGUUGGGGUGGGAUGAACCGGGGCACGGCGCAAUCGGGAAUAGCUGAACCGUGAUUGAACAGGCUAAACCGGGGCACGGCUCAAUCGGGAAUAGCUGAACCGGGAUGGAACGGGCUUAACCGGGGCAUGGCUCAAGCGGGAAUGGCUGAACCGGAGCACGCUGGAACUGGGACAAGUCACAGCUCAUUCGGGGCACAGCUGAACCAGGAAGGGGUACAGGCGAACUGGGACACAGCAGAAUCAGGACACGGGGAAGAGGCACAGCCGACCCGGCAUGGCCAGUCCCCAGCCCUCCCUCAGCGCCUCGGGGCUCACCUGUGGUCCCAGGCUCCGUGGGGAGACAUCUCCAAAAUCCUGUGGUGGGGACACCCGCUGCUGCACCUGGAAUAAAGAUGAUCAAAACCC